AUGGCGGUCGUAAUUCCCGCCUUAUUGCUCGCCCUGUUCUGGGUCGUCGUCCAUCUCAUACACAGGCUCACUGUUCAGCGCUUUCUAACACCACUGCUGCCGAGAACUCGACCCCUAACAAGAUCCUCAGGUCCUGGGUCAUGCUUCGAUCCAGAUUACACCAGCUUCCACCUUUCUUAUGUCAAUCUCAAGCUUGAGACGACUGCCUUCAACGCUGCCCACGAGCGACUAUCCGGCUAUCUUGUGAACCAUGGCUGGCUUUCCUUCGGCAAGGCUCUCUACGGCGUCGGGGCCGUUAUCGGAAUUGUCGGCAUGUUCGCCAGCCUUUGCAUUGUGGCUUGGACGGGUUUGCUCGUCAUAAGCGAGACGUUUUUGGAUACUUCAGUCACGCCCGGUCUGCCACCAAUUGCAAGAAAAAUUGCGAGCCGUGCAAUAAGCGCCCUCCCUGCGUCUCUGGCACCCGAUUCCCAGGCUAGUUUAGCUUUGCGGCCACUGAUACCUGGAGUAACAAUCCCAAUAUCUCAUUUACCUCUCAUGCUCAUCGCAUUGUUCAUUUGCCAAUCAUUUCACGAAUUUGGACACGCCAUUUCUGCCGCAUUAGAAGACACGCCUUUGCAUUCUGUCGGACUCGCUCUUCACGUCAUUGUUCCAACAGCAUUCGUUUCUCUAAAAGAGAAGCCAUCCACCACACCAAGCGCAAAUCUCCGGCUGGCGAGUGCCGGCGCCCUUCAUAACAUCUUCUUGUGGAUCGCAUUCUAUGCCCUCGCUCAUAGUGGCUUGGGAAGAUUAGCUACGCCAAUCGGCUGGACCGACGUUAGCAGUCUAGGGAAGGUCGUCCUGGGCUUCAAUGAAGCAACCAGUCUGGAUGGCUACAUGCCUCGCGGUUCCCUUGUUGUACAACUAGACGAUACGCCUCUAGGCCAAUCGGCACGAAACGCGGGUCAGGGAGACCCAUGGGAAACAUUUCUUUUAUCAAAAGCCCCGCAAGAGCUUCGCCGCGGCUGGUGCCUCGACUCUUCCGAGUUCGUCGGCUCCCCGACGGCAUGCUGUUCGGAACCAUCCACCGCCGAGCUCACAUGUUUCGUGCCGAUGUCGGCACCACCAUCCGAGUACCAAGGACACUGUCUGUCCCCACUGUCCCUCUUCAACCGAAACAAUACGACUCCACGACGUUGUGACCCUGCGGGCUGUCCAGGACAGGAUCUAUGUAUUGUUCCGUCUGCAGAGUCGCAGUUGCUCCGCAUUGCCUUCGUUGAUAUGGAGCGUGGCAAGGAAAGAGUGGUUGUCUGGAAAGGCCCGAGACUGGAAGUGUAUCGACAAGUUCGUGUCGGCACAUACCUACCCCGCACACCCCUGAUACCUUUUUGGCUUCCUGACCUCGUGAACCUGUUCAUCUCCUAUAAUCUGACCGUCACGAUCGCACUCUAUCUAUUCAAUCUCUUGCCAUUGCCCUUAUUGGACGGGGGCCAAGUUCUAUCAUCACUUUUGGAUCUCCUGUUCGGUGCCGACCCCUCUCUAGGAGCGGACAUCAACUUCAACCAUGCGCCAUGGCAAAGGCGGAACAGAAGGGAACGAAUCGAGAGGGCUUUUCACUGGGGAGCAGGAGCCUUAUGUAUAACAGUGGCUUUGGCCGUUUCUGUGAAAGAGCUAACGAGAUCUUGAUAUACCCACAUGUUGAAC